CCACGCUUUCGUGCUUUCGACCCACCACUUACACUGAAUAACCAGCGGAUGAUGCACCAAAAGAUGAAACUCGAUGUCGCUAUAGUGACUUGUUUGGCAAUAUUCACCGAUGUUGCGAACGCUUUCUGGCGUCUGCCUUGUCGCGGACGAAGUGGUGUGGCUCGGAUUGAUCCCAUAAUGGCACCAGGGAUCCCAUCGGAUCAUGUACACGCGGUUCAUGGAUCGGGCGGAUUCUCGAUGUCCGCCAACGAGGCAAGUCUGAAGCAGUCGAGCUGUACGUCUUGCGCAGUGACCCAAGACAAGUCAGCAUACUGGGCGCCCGCGUUGUAUUUCGUGCAUCAGAAUGGCGAUGCUGAGCUUGUCAACGAAGUCGGCGGAAUGCUUGCCUAUUACCUUCUCAAUGGCGAAAAUGUGACGGCGUUCCCUGAAAACUUCCGCAUGAUGGCAGGAGAUACAUACCGGCGCGACUUCCCCUGGCCGAUACCGGAUCCCCCGCAGUCAGAGUGGUCUGGAAAUGAUCUAAAACAGGAGGCUCUUCGCCAGAAAGCUGUCGGAUUCAACUGUCUGAAUUACCAAAAGGACCCCGAACCCUCUCUGGGUCGUCAUUUCUUGCCAAACAAGACAUAUUUGGAUGAGCACUGCACUGAGGGCGUUCGCUUUGAGUUGAUGUUUCCAUCCUGCUGGAAUGGGAAGGAUAUCGACACACCGGAUCACAAGUCUCACCUGGCCUAUCCGUCUCUGGUGAUGGACGGGGAAUGCCCAAAGGGUUUCGAGCAUCGUCUUGUUUCACUCUUCUAUGAAAGUAUCUGGGAUACAUACGCAUUCAAAAGCAAAAAGGGCAAUUUUGUGCUCGCGAAUGGAGACCCCACGGGAUACGGCUACCACGGUGAUUUCAUGUAUGGCUGGGACUCACAGGUGCUCCAGCAGGCAGUGGAUACAUGCACAAACAUGUCUGGAGAAGUGACGGACUGCCCCGUUUUUACGCUUCAGAGUGACGAGAAACAGGAUGAGUGCCGCUUCUCCGUUCCGGAUGCUCUGAAGAAUGAAGACGUGAACUACCACAAAGGUGGUCUCCCGAACAACGUCGCCAUCCAAAGCGGACCUGCCUAUGCUAGCCCAGUCAGAUACACCACCACCACUACCACCGGCGCUGGUGGCCACGGGAGACCAACGCCCGUCUACCUGGAUGAUCUGCCCACCGUCGGAAUUGGUAUUGAUCUUGGGUUUUUGUCGGCCGGUCUGCAUGUGGCCCUGCCUACACUAACUACUUCGUCCACGACCACGACGGCGAAGGCCUGGGAGCCAACUGCUCCCCCGGUAAUCACGACGUGGUCGCCGCCGUCUAGCACCUCAUCUGCCGAACCGGCUUCGUCCACAACAAUCGUCUACGUCGAACAAGCAAUUAUUGUCCUUGUGAAUGAUCAAGGCGUCCCGAUCGAGACGCAGACUGGCUCUUUGGAAACGGUCUCGAAGACCACGACCACUCCCAGUGGCAGCGCUACGUCCAGCCGACCCCCUUCGAAGCGCGGUUGGUAUCAUAACCAUCCCCACAGGCAUUACCGCCACGGACACUCCCAUUGAUUGGAGUUGUGGGGGCGGGGCGGUUCUUGUGACUUUGUUUUCUUUUCGGAUAUACUUAUUUGCUUCUUUCUUCAAAU